AUGAAUCGCGUGUUGCCUUUGAACGUGAAGGCCCCGCUCCAAGAAAACGGCUAUGACUGCGGCGUUUACGUGCUGAAGUUCGCCGAGGUGAUGCUGAAAAACUGCCUGGAGCUGGGUCUGCUGGCUCAAAACGACGGCGUGAUCGGCAAGGACGUGACGGAUAGCCAUCUCGAGGCUGUGAUCACAUCCAGCGCCUUCUCAGCUGACGACAUCACGGCGACCCGGAAGCAGAUCCAGCAGUACAUCGAGGCGGACGCGAGCCGGUACGAAGUGCUCAAGAAGGAGAAGGGCAAGGCGAAGGCCUCGCUCGCUGAAAGAGUAACUUCGACUGGGGAUGUACUAGUUUAG